AUGUAUAGAAAUUUGUAUGAUACAGACAAUAUUAUUUAUUCUCCUGAAGGGAGGUUAUACCAAGUAGAAUAUGCAAAUGAAGCAACAAAACAAGGAACUUGUGCAGUGGCUAUAAAAUCUAAGGAGUUUGUGGUAGUUUGUGGUUUGAAGAAAUGUAUUAGUAAACUUUCUUAUCAUCAAGAAAAGCUAUUUAAAAUAGAUGACUAUAUAGGUGUAACCAUGAGUGGCAUAACUUCGGAUGCCAAAGUAUUGACCAAAUAUAUGAGAAAUGAAUGCUUAACUCAUAAAUUUUUAUUUGAUGAAAAUAUGAAUAUAGAAAAAUUAGUUAAAAAAGUAGCAGAUAAAUAUCAAAAAAAUACCCAAAAAAGUAGUAAAAGAGCUUUUGGUGUUGGAUUAAUAAUAUCUGGGUAUUUUAAUGAACCACAUAUUUUUGAAACCAAAUCAAAUGGAUCUUAUUUUGAAUAUGAGGCAAUAUCCUUUGGUGCGAGAUCUCAUGCAUCAAAAACUUAUCUAGAAAAGAAUUUACAUUUAUUUGAGGAAUCGUCAUUAGAUGAUUUGGUUAUACACUGUUUAAAAGCUUUGAAAUGCUCUCUUUCUAGUGAAACCGAACUAAAUGCUGAUAACACGUCUCUAGCUAUUGUUGGAAAGGAUAAACCAUGGGAAGAAAUGCCAUAUGUCGAAUUGAUUGAUUAUUUGACAAAGGUAAAUAGUGAAAAAAGGACUGAAGAUAGUCAGGAGAAUGCUCAAAACAUUGGAAACUAA